UGAAGCACUGGAAUAAUGUUACAACAAAUUUAUGCUCGUACGGGAUACUUUUCCCCGAGUGUUAAUAAAAUGCUAAUCUUUUUGCUUCUCUUCUCCUGCAGAUCUGAGGUGCAGAGACUGAAGUCGUCUAGGGCGUCUGAGAGCGAGGCCAGCGCCGCCCACGCCCACGCCCGCGAGCAGCGGGAGGCGGUGACGGCGGCCUGGGUGGUGGGCAAGGUGCAGCAUCUUGAGGACUCCGUGGCGGAGCUGCAACGCUCCUUCAACGUUACUCAAGCCAUGCACGACAAGCAGGAGGUGGAGUCUCGCCUGCUGGUGGUGACCAAGGACUUGAGCGCCCUCAGAGGGACGCUGGCAGGGGUGACGUCGAAGGCCGAGGCGGCGGCAGCCACGUCGGAGGCGCUGCAGGAGGAACUGACGAGGACAAUGGAAGACCAACACCGCAUGGCCGGCCGUGUGGCCGCUCUCAACACAGAGGUGGCGACCGUCCGCGAGGACUUCGACGACCUGCUGAAGGCGCUGCCGGAGGGAACAGUGGCUGGCACCCCGACCUCCCCGCCGGGGACGCCUGGCGAGAAGUCUGAAGCAGGAGCCGCGGCAGCGUCGUCGACGAGAGGAGUGGCUGCGGCAGUGGCUCGCGCCGCCCAGCUGCGUCAGGAGCAGCGUGUAGCCGCCCUGGAGCAGCGGGCAGACAGCCUCGACUUCGCCCUCACCCGCGCCCAGAAGAAGUUGUCGUCGUUCUCGCUUGGCUCAGGAGUCGAGGAGCGAGUUGCGGAACUGGCCGAGGCGGAGCGCCAACUGGAAACAAAAGCCGAGGCGGCGACGACCGGAGUAGGAGAAGUGAGGUCGUCCUCGGUAAAGCUUCUGGCCGCGCUGGAGGCUCUGGAGGCCCGGAUGGAGAAGGAGGUGGCGGAGGUCAAGCAAGAGGUGGCCAAGAUGGAGUUCACGGUGGCCCAGACGGCGGCGGAACGACAGAGUGGCCAGCAAGACGCUCGCGCAGCCCACGACGACACCUCCGCCUUACGCUCGGACCUACAGGGCGUGUCGCGACACCUCGACGAGAUCACCCUCAAGACGGCAGCGCUGGAGGGCCGGAAGCUGGAUCACGACAUCACUGUCGCGCAGUGCCGCGCCCAGCAGCUGACCUUCGACCUCAGGUUGACGGACACCUUGGAGCGUCUGCAGCACGUGGAGCGGCGCCUUCGUCGGUCCCACUCCCAGAGGGCGCACCAGCACCAUCUGGCGCCGUGGAGGGACUCCGCCGACGAUGCGCCGGGAGAAAACAAACGCCGGCGGCGCAGCGCCUCCCCGAGCGGCUAGAAUAAGGGCGAGAGAGGAAGGCAGGGAGGACUGUGCCACCAUGCCACUCCCACCUUGCCAUAGCCUUCAUCAAUGGCUGCAGCCCAGUAAUGCAACUAUUCAGAAACUAUUACCAUAGUUGCACAGACUACCAUACCCGUUCUAGCUUCAAUCUAUCUUCCCAAGCUAUAAAGAUCUCCAUCACUUUCGGAUUCCUCUGUACUCCCUUUCUUAAAGAUUCCCCGCUCCCACCUCUCUAGUACUCCCUGUUUAUCCACCUUUCCAAGUCCUCUGUCUCUCUUCCAUCCUCUCUCCCAUCACUCACUCCCUCCCUUUCCUCACCGUAGUGCCUGAAUGAACGUUUUGGUCACCAGUUCCUAGUCAUAGGAGAAAUAGGAUGAAAUAUAUAUAUAUAUAUAUAUACAAUUUUAAAGUUUAUAAGAUGUAUGUCAAAUGUGCAUUUUCAUGCUUAUGUCGAUGCCCCAGAUCCUUGUUUCAACACGUAUAUAGUUUUAAAUAGUGCACUACAUAUACAGUACAUAUUAUUGCUAUUCACACAACGAGACGAGUUUGCAUGCAAUUAGAUUAGAUUUACUAUAUAGUAUGUAUAUAACUAUUAUUGAAGUUAUAUUUACUCGUAAAACAUAUGUUAAAGUGAAACACUUACUUUAACGUGAUUAAUAAUAACUGCAUUAAACACACACACCCACACACACCCACACACACACACACACACACACACACACACACACCCACACA